AUGGAAAAUGUGCAAUUCUUCAAUAAAUUUAUGGCAUUGAUAUUUAUGAAAAAUACUAAUAUCCAUGUUUUUUCUUCAGGUUAUCCCUCUGAGCUGUUCUACAGAGGCAGCGCCAUGUGGGAGACGCUCUACGGGAUGGUACUGGCCUACCCUAUAGUAUGCUACGUGUUUGUACCGGUCUACUUCAGCUUGGGUAUCACUUCAGUAUAUCAGUACCUGGACAUGAGGUUCAAAUCUCGACUGGUACGAUGUCUGGCUUCCGGAACCUACGUUGUGAGGCAGUUGCUCAAUCAAGGCGUUACAGUGUUCACUCCUUGUGUCGCUUUGAAUACCGUGAUUGGUAUACCGUACUGGGCAUCAAUAUCUGGUAUCACUUUAGCCAGUAUUAUAUUUAAUCUGUUGGGUGGACUUAAGGCGGCCAUUCUCGCCGACGUCAUGCAGGGCUUGACCAUGAUAGCGGUCAGUUUCGCCAUUAUAGUGCAGGGAUGCGUGGAAGCAGGCGGACCGGUAAACGUAUUUUAUCUCAGCAAGAGGGACGGAAGACUAAAUUUUUUCAAUUGGAGCACUGACCUAACAGCGAGAGUCACAACCACUUCGGCUCUGGUAGGGCAGCUUUUCAUGUCCUUAUCAAUUUUCGGCUGUCAACAGAACUUCGUUCAGAGAUAUUGCAGCAUGGAAUCGCAAAAGAAAGUAACGAAGUGAGUAUUGGAUUGAUAUAAAUUUCGA